AUGGGAGGUAAGUACAAAGAGUUGCCCGUACAUGAGGCUGAGGAGCUACUGCGAGGUGGUCUGCCGUUGGGGGAUAGCGAACCGUCCGAAGUUCUGGACGGCGAAUCUCUGCGGGUUGAGCAAGCGGAGAGGGAAUCAGGGAUGAUGGUUUUCCAGGCGUUACGGAAGUACGGGAAGUUUGUUGGUCCUGGGCUGAUGGCCUCUGUGUCGUACAUGGACCCGGGGAACUACUCGACCGCUGUUGCGGCCGGGUCCGCGCACAAGUACAAGCUGCUGUUUUCGAUUCUCGUGUCGAACUUCAUGGCCGCGUUCUGGCAGUCCCUGUGCGCAAAGCUUGGGGCCGUCACUGGACUUGACCUCGCGCAGAAUUGCAAGAGGCACUUGCCUCAUGGUCUGAACAUUACGCUGUAUAUUCUCGCCGAGGUAGCGAUUGUCGCAACGGACCUCGCGGAGGUCGUCGGGACCGCAAUCUCUUUGAAUAUCUUGUUCGGGGUCCCGCUCGCGCUGGGCGUGGUGCUCACCGUUGUGGACGUGCUGAUCGUGCUGAUGGCGUACAAGCCGAACGGGUCGAUGCGACUGAUCCGGCUCUUUGAGAUGUUCGUGUCUGUGCUCGUCGUGCUGACGGUGAUCUGCUUCGCUGUCGAAUUGUGCUACGCGGACUUGGGCCCCGCGAGGGAGAUAUUCACCGGGUUCCUGCCGAGCAGGGCCGUGUUUGAAGGUGACGGGUUGUAUCUGUCGUUGGCGAUCCUGGGUGCUACCGUGAUGCCGCACUCGCUAUACCUUGGGUCCGGCGUCGUGCAGCCGCGGCUGCGAGACUACGACAUCAAGCGUGGAUACUACACUCCAGACGAGCAAGACGCAGAGAACAACCACGAUAACUACCGGCCCUCCUUCGAGGCAAUCAACGAGACUCUGAACUACACGGUCGCUGAGUUGCUGAUCUCGCUGUUCACUGUCGCUCUGUUCGUCAACUGUGCGAUUCUGAUCGUAUCCGGUGCGACUCUGUACGGGACGACGCAGGACUCAGGAGAGGCGGACUUGUUCUCGAUUUACAACCUACUGUGUAGCACUCUAUCGAAGAGUGCUGGGAUUGUGUUUGUGCUCGCACUUUUGUUUUCGGGACAGAGUGCCGGGAUUGUGUGCACGCUGAGUGGGCAGAUGGUGAGCGAGGGGUUUCUCGACUGGACCGUGCCUCCUGCGAUUAGGCGGUCUCUAACACGGGCGGUAGCGAUUACACCGUGUCUGAUCCUUGUGCUCGUCGCGGGGCGCAACGGGCUGUCAGGAGCUUUGAACGCCUCGCAAGUCGUGCUCUCUUUGCUACUGCCCUUCGUGUCCGCUCCUCUCAUCUACUUCACGAGCAACAAAGAGGUGAUGCGUGUACAGACGAACCACCACAACAAUUGCCAACAACCGCCGCGGCGCUCUACUGCAAGAAAGUCCCUGGAUGGUGACGAUGAGAACUCGUUCCCGCUAGAGGACAUGACUCUCACGAGCAGUUCCUCUCAGGUACCGCACGCACCACUACAGCAAGAACAAGAAAUUGCGGCGCGGGACGUCUCCGGAGACACCGCCCUUGCAGAGUACAAGGACAUGAGCAACGGCACGGUGACUACGGUCGCCGCAGUGCUUGUGUGGCUGCUCGUCUCCGCCUUGAACAUGUACAUGCUCAUCAGCUUCGCUCGAGGCCAGGACGUCCAUUUUUGA